AAGCCUGGAUCAUUAUCACCAUACUUGUGUGAAAGUAUGAUUAUCCAUUUCUGUUGAGGAAUGAAUUCAUUUCUACAUUGAUGGAGAGCAAUCCUAGUUCAUCUAGAACUGAUAGAAAAACUAUAGAGAGGAAUAGGAGAAAUCACAUGAAGUCCCUCUACUCCAAGCUCAAUUCUCUUGUACCCCAUCAAACCUCAAGGGAAGCCAUCACACUGCCUGAUCAACUGGAUGAAGCAGCAAACUACAUAAAGAGAUUACAGGAAAAAUUGGAGAAAAUGAAGGAGAGGAAGGACAACUUAAUGGGAUUUGAAAGGCCGAACACAAGUCCUAACAGUGGAGCCAUGGUGGGAUUAAAACCACCACAGAUUGAUAUUCAUGAAAAGGGUUCUGCUCUGGAGGUAGUUCUGAUAACUGGGUUGGAUUUCCAGUUCAUGUUCAAUGAGACCAUUCGUGUGCUUCAUGAAGAAGGUGCUGAGAUCGUCAAUGCCAGUUUUUCUGUUGUUGAUGAUACAGUUUUCCACACAAUACAUGCACAGGUUGAAGGGCCUGUACUGGGUCAUGGAGCUGCAAGGAUAUCCGAGAGACUAAAGAAGUUUGUUUUCUAAGUUAAUAUGUUUCUGUUUGAAGCAUAAUGUUGCGUCUUAAUGGACGAAAAAAAUAAGACCUCCUUGAAUGUGCUUGCCCAGUUGUUUUAAAAACCACUUUUAUGGAUGUUCUGUGGUGAUUUAAGAAUUUUAGUUGCUGAUAAAAUAUGUAGUUAGCAUUUGAAUGUCAGCUAUAGAUUUCAGAAAA